AUGACCUCAUGUGCUCUCCAGCAGGUCACAGACUGCGAUGCUUGUGGGUCCCAGCCAGUGCUCGGAGAUAUGUCCGCAUGUGACCACUUUACACAGAAUGCCUGGCGACCAGAUCUCUGCUCUACAUGCCAGAGGGCCAAGUCAGAGCAUGCUGGCAUCCAAGGACCCAGGUCCUGGCGGAGAAAGAGCGAGCCCAACCCUAACAAUGCAAUCACUGGAGUUCGAAUUUCUGCACUGGCCAGCAAAUUCCAGGCUGCGGAUGCCAGAAAUGGACACACAAGAGAAGCGGAGAUUGACAGGAAAACGGGUCCAUCAUCUGCAGCUACAGCGAAACCAAAAUCAGCAUCAUCAGCUAGUGUGGCUACAGCAAAGACAUCAGCACUCCCGUCCAGCAAUAAAAUCUCUUCUCAGUCAUCAGCGUUAUCAUCAUCAUCAGAAUCUUCAUCAAAAGGAGGGUCAUCAGCAACGUCAUCUUCAGCAGCGGUUAAAUCAAACCGCACGCGACAUCCUGGCAAGGAGCCAACUAAAAAGGUGACCAUCACUCAGCCCUCCUUUAAACAAUUGACAGCAUCAUCAUUUGUAAAAAUUCAGCACACAGAUACCUCCAUGGAGUCCCAGCCAUCAAAACAACAGCAGCCCAGGGGGAAGCAGAAACGACGUGUGAGCAUCCCCGAUCGUGAGCCGGAUAUUAUUGGGACCGAUGGAGGGCUGGACAAUCUAGUCCCGGAGGAAGAGGUUGUGAGUGGAGGAGAUAGUGAGCAAAUCUGUUUGUCCUUAACGGAUGAGGAGAAGCAGUUUGCUCUGCUGGCCCUGGGGAAUACUCUUUGGAAUUCUGAUACCAGGAACUUACAGGUUGGAGCCGACAUCUCCAGAAGAACAUGCCGAGAGUUUGAAGACCUCAGUGUGGAUGAAUUGUGGAGUCAAAACAGGUUCAAAUCUCUGGUCAGCUGUGACCCUGUGCGGAAAAAGAAAGACUUUGGUACCUUUCCACAAGUAAAUACCUCCAAACAUUCUAAAGCUGCUGUUGGGAGCCUCAGUUUUAGUUCACAAGGCAAGAAAGCUUCCGGAGGAGCUCCAGAAGGCAACAGCAGGUCCCUCAGCCAGGCUAGCACUGAUGGAGAUGUCAUGGAGGAUGAGAGCGCGACUACAAGUAGUGAAGAUCUAGCUCCACAGGGAGUGAUAGUAUCCAAGGAUUCUAGAGGUAAAGGAUCAGGCUCUGGCCAUGAAGUCAAAGAAGAGGAUCAAGCAAACUGUAGCAAAGGAGGUUCGAAGGCUGGCAUUGGGUCUGCCUUUUCUUCAGACCCUAAAGAGUCAGUUGAUUUAUUCGCUGCGACAGAUUCCUUGGACAAGUCCCAUAAUGGGCUGGAGCAUGUUGUUGGUAAGAAAGCACUGAAAACAUCUGAGAACAAUGCCGGUGUCGCGAAAGUGGACAAUUGUGAUCCCACCUGUGAUGCUUCUGUUGCCACUUCUCCGUUGUCAGUAGCGGUAAAGAACCAAGACUCUUCUGAGGUGAAUCAGAAGCAAGUUGUUACAACUUCCUUGGCAGAUGUUGCUCAAGAUGAGCGUGUGAGUGCUUCAUUUGCUGACAGCACUGAAGAGGAGGAGUUUCAAGCUGUAGCUUUGCUUAAUGAGGUUCUUGAAGUCUACGGAGAGAUGAAUGAAUCAUCAACUGAUGAUUUUACUUCAGCUGAAGAGAAAAAAGGUAAGAAAUCUUCAGACUUUGAGGCCAGAAUGGCAUCGGUUGCUGCAACACUGGACUUAACCAAGCAGCAACAGCGAGGAAAGCGGCAGGCUCCACGGCCAUCAGUAUCUCCCCCGCCGGAACCAAAUUUGUCAGAAGGAGUGUCCCCAAAAAAGGUUGUAAACCAGCCAGAUCCAGUUUUCAAGAUGGUGACUGUAGGAAAGAGCAUCGUCAGUCUGCCUCCACAACAGGACAUGCCUCCGAAGAACACGAAGCCCGCACUAGUCUCUUAUGGGUUUGAUGAAUUCGGGGCGUUACCAGAUUCUUCAGAUAUUGCCAACAGUAGAGGCACCAAUGGCGAUGGAAAAGGCAAAAAAGGCAUAACCUCUUUCUUCAGAAACAUCCUCAGACGAGGGAAAGACUCCUCCGAGAGUUUUGAUUUAGCAAAUCCUGAUGUUCAGUUAAGUGUCAGGAUGGACAGAAAAGUGUCAACUGAUACCGUCGAAAGUGUAGACCUGCCUGAUGAGGAUUCAUCAUCGUCAUCGUCUGUUGACCAAAAGGUUGGACCUAAAUUUUCCCCUCAAGCUAAGUUUUUGAUCAUGCCGUCAACGUCACCGGCACAUGCACUCAAUGGGACCUUGUCAGAUGGAGCGGGGGAUACUGAUGGUGAAGGUGCUUUUCAACCAGAAGCUGAUACAGCUGCUACGUCUACAUUGUCAUCUGUAGCCAUGGUUGCUGGGCCAUUGGUCAAGAGCAGUCCUCCCGCCCAAAGGAGAAACAGUAAAGGGCUGGCGAGCCCCAAAAUGAUGCCAAGAAAACCGCCGGUAACUUCUAUACCAGACAUGCCAUCUUCAGUCAGACCGUCAGUGACAUCUGUGUCAGAUGUGCCAUCAGCAGCAUCAUCAUCUGUGACAGAAGAUAGGUCGUCAUCUGCAACAUCAGCAGUCACAAAAGAGUUACCGGAUAAAGAGUCUGUAGCUGCUCCAAGUGUUGUACGACGUCGCCCAAAGAGCCCCAAACGAGUUGCACCACCUGUACCUCCAACUAGGACAUCUACUGGAGCAGGUAACAAUAAAGUGCCAUGGAAUCUCUCCGCUUUUUUUUUUGUUCAUUACAUAUUUUCUGGCGUUUCAGGGGGAGGUACUCUGCCGAGAUCAGAACUGAGAGAGUCUACCAGACGUUCAUUACCAGAACCGCCAUCGCCUCCAGGGGAGAGAAAAGACAAGUCAUCAGGGUCACCUGUAGGUUCAAGGUCACCUCCAGUGUCUCCAAUAAAAGAAACGCUGCAUUCACUUCCUUCUUCUCCAUCGAGCCCGGCAUUAUCAUCCUUUGAUUUCACAAACUCCCAGUGGUCAGGGGGGUCUACAACGAUGAUUGACGACGAACUACCAAAGUUUUCUGAAAAGAUUGAACUUCCGACCGUUGCCACACAAAGCAGGAAAGGAAUUCUGGGUAAAUUAGGGGGAAAUAGGAAGACGAAAGCUCCACAGCCACCUUCAGUGAAAAGAGCAAAAUCUAUAACACAGUCAUCUACCCUGCCAAGAGGAGAUAAGAAGAAUAAAAAAAUAAAUGUAGCCGAUAUCUCCGGGCCUGUGCUGGUGACUGAUGUUACCAAUGCUCAAGUGUUAGAGAACAGAAGAAACACCAUAUCUCUGGGGGAUGAACCGGCAUUUGUUAGCUGUAAUUCCUCUGCCUCGGUGGAUAAAAGUGGAUUGGAUGAGUUUGACUUUCCAUUUCUGUCACCUUUGGGUUCGUUAGAAAAUUUGUAUGAAUCUAUUCUACCUAAACCUGAGGGGAACCAGCCUAACUUCUACGAUCCUCCGACAAGUCCAAAAGUGGUGUGUCCAAAUGUGACUUCAGACGGCUACUUGGAACCUGUACCGCCCUUAUCCGUUACUGCAGCAGCAUCAUCGUCUUUAUCACUACUUGGUACCACAGCAACAAAUGUUUCAUCCUCCUCUUCCACAUCAUCAGCAUCCUCAAUGACAACCAAUGCAUCUGUUAUCAAAUCACCUUUAGUCAAAUCCAAAGCCACCUCUUCUACAACUGAAAGACCCAAAGAUGCACAUGCCAACUAUAAAGACUCAGGCACCUUCCCCUCCCAUAGCAGUGGAAUAUCCAGCACGGUUGGGUCUUCUGGGUUAGGCCCAACAUUUGUAGAACCUGAAAUGACUGAACAAAGACGAUUACUUCUGGCCUCCCAGCCGAUUUAUGAAGAAAUUCCAAAUGGGGAUAACGAAGAUGUUGAGGAUUACAAGGAUGCUAAUGUGGUCACAAGGAAAGAUGUUGAUGGACUGGCAUGGGGUUCAAAGGCUGACUUGUUCUCUAGAGGUACGAAUGAUACAUCAUCCUUGAAGAGGGUAAUAUUACCCGAAGUUUCCAAGAACCAGAUAGCCCAGUCUUGGCUGCAGCAGCAGUCACAAUUUGUAGGGACAACAUCCCCACUGCCAGCAUCAUUGCUGUCGGGGACGCCAUCAUCGUUAUCAUCCAGCACCACGUCCGUAGGUGCAGCUUCCUCAUCACCAUCUCACACCUUGCCGAGGAAGAACUCGGCAUCUUCUUCAGUACCUGUGUCAUCAGCAUUUUCAGUGACAUUGUCCCAUACCUUGCCAAGGCAGAACUCUCCGUCAUCAUCAUUGACAAUGACGUCAUCCCACACCUUGCCCAGGCAGAACUCUGUAUCAUCAUCGACACCUGUGUCAUCAUCAUUGUCCAUGACGUCAUCCCAGAUAAUGUCAUCAUCCCUGAUGACAGCGUCACUGACAUCGAGCAUGCUGCCCCCACCUCCGCCUCCUCCAGCACUGCCUCCGUCAGCAAGCCGCUCCAUCUCUAAAGAAACAGUCUCCUCGGAGUCAGACACCCAGUCCUUGUGCAGCAACGACGCCCACUCCAACUCCAGCACUUGGUCCAGGCCUAGACCAACCCCUCGACAGAAGCCCAAGAGGCCUGAAACCGGCGGCUGUGAUCAGUACAUAUCCAUGAACAAACCAAAUGCCCAGGUAUCCCUGAGUGAGGAAACACUGCGGGACGUCUUCUCCAAACUAACCAGCAUCACGUUCCAUGCCCUUCAAGACAUCUAUGCUCAGUUUGAGAAGGUCCUGUCCGUGGAUCGGCUGGAAGUGCCCAACUCCAAGAUGCUGAAAUGGGCUGACUUUGACAUCUACGGCCAGCCGCUGCAUGCUUCAGGGAGAUGUGUGGUCUACAACGCCAAGUUGAAGGCAAACGGCUGCCCUUGUCAGCUGUUGAUUCUGCAUUCACGACCAGCAACAGAGAUGUGUAUGAGCACUCAUCCAAGCCUACUGACGCCGUCUGCCGUGUUUGCUGACACCAUCCCGUUCUCGUAUCUGACCCCUGACUUCAUUAAAACCUCCCAGCUGUUGCAGAACUCAGUCUACGACUCCAGCCAGGCCAGGUGUUUUAUUGCUGUCGGAGCUUUUGAUAUUGUGGAAAGUCUAGACUCCCACCUGACCUUGCUGCGAGAGACCCUGGCUCAAGAUUUGAACUCAUACCUCAGUGUCAUCCUGACUGCCACACUGCAGCUUCUGAGUGCCAUGUCGUACUGUUUAGACCAGGGAUUUUCUGUGACUGAGACAGACUACGAUGAUGUAUUUCUCAUAACCCGCUCUGACCUGCGGGGGAAGGUUGUGGCCUUUUUACCUCGGCAGCGCUCGCUGGAUGUGCCCCAGGGGGAAGCCAUUUGUAACUUUCUGGACCGCCUCUUAGUUGGUAACAUGCCAGAUGAGGGUGAUAAUGAUGAUGACAGUGAUGUUGGCAAUGAUGAUGAAGAUGAUGUUGAAAAGAUUAUAUCUAGUCCGAGGAAAGUUGUGUCCAAGUUGAGGUCUAUGUUGGGCCACAAGAAAGUGGAGUGUCUGGGACAAGUGAGAACCACGGUGGAGUAUUUGCUGUGGGGUCCGGCCCUGUCGGAGCUGCCUCUGUCGCCCACAAGAGCCGAGUCUAAACCAGCAACCAGGUCACCAGCCGGCGGCGCCAGCAAGGUCAAUACCAGGUCACCAGCCAGCAAGGAGCAGGAGUUUUAUGUGUGGCUGGAGAAAGAGAGGCUGCUAACUGUUGCCAAGUUGGCCCGCAGCGUGUCUGGUCUUGGAGCCGGGCUGAGCCUCGAGGAAUUCUACACACUCAAGUUUCUGCUCAAAACCAGCCCAGGCUGUCUCGCUGAGAGCUUAAGACGGCUGUCUCGCUGA